UUACAUUACAAAACUUUCUCCAGUAAGUUGCUGUAACAUCAGAGGAAAAGCUGGAAAGACAGACACAACAUAUUGUAGCAGAGAGAUCGGUUAUACAGCACAAGGCAUCGCUACUCCAAACUCAGAUAGAAAAUAGGAAUAAAGAGAUGAAGAGGCUGCAGGAUAUACAUACAAUCCAAACUGAUGAGCAAAGAUCAAUUUGUGAAAAAGAAAGGGCUGAUCUGCUACAUAAUCUUUCAACAAAGGAUGAUGCAACUGCAGAAUUACAAAGUGAAUAUGAAAAUUUGAAGCAACGUUUUGAGAAUCUUAUGUCUGUAAUGAAACAGUUUGAAAAAAAUCAAUCAAGACUUUUGGAAAAAUUUUCUACUCAGUCGACACAGUGCAUGAAUGUCAUUAACAAGAUAAGUGAGCUAUGUAGUAAAGGAAAAGGCGCUCUGGUGCAAAAAACAGCACAAGUAACAAAACUAAAUGAAACAUCAGUAAAAGGAGCACAGCCAAAUAAUUCAACAGUACUACAAGAUUUCAAUAGAAUUAAUAGGAUGCAAAUGACAGUACUUUUAAGUUCAAGUCCACCUACUAAGGCAACCACACAUGACUUAGAUCAUGGCAAACAAAGCAGCCUGAAGGCCAUGCAGAAAUUACAAGAACAGGUUUUAGUACUAAACAGCACAACAAGUACUAAAGAUAAUGAAGAUGAGCUUAUCGAAUAUGAGAAUAAAGAGAAUUCAACAGAGGAGAACAACGUCUUAGAAUCACAAACUGAAAUGGGUGAAAAAGACGAUAAAACAUCUGCUAAAAAUGAGCUACCUAAAAAUACGCUACUAAAAGAGAUCAAAAGUCAAACACAAGCUGCCAAACUAGCAGAAGAGAAUGAAACCCCAUUUGAUUUAAAUGAGGUUUCAGAGUCUGAAACACCUAGCGACACUAUGGGUAAGAAAGUCAACAAUCUUCAAAAUCCCAAUAUUUUAAAAAAUGAAAAUCUGCUAACAAAUCAAGACAAAAAAACAGCAGAUAGAGUCAUCAACACAAAAGGACUGGCUGGUAAACUACAAGAAAACAUCACCCAGGCAGUAGAUAAUACAAAAGAGGGCAGAGCAUACAGCACCGGAAAAAGUCUGGAAGAUCAAAGAAAACCUCAGAGACUGACUCUGGAGAAAGUAAAGACACCAGGAAGUGAUAUAUAUAAAGCAAUAGGAGAAUCGGAGUAUGAAAACAACACUGAAGAUAUGGCCAAUAAAUAACCAAGAAAUCUCGGAGAUAACAUCAUAAACGUAUAAUAUCCUUGAGUUCAUGCUACUCUGCAUAAAUUAUGGUCAGUAAUACCCAAACAUUAUUGUCCCUGACAAUAAUAACC